AUGUGGCAAGCUUCCAAUGACAUUAAAAUGACUAUUAUGUCCAUUCUAUUAAUUCCGACCCGCAUAAGUCUGUGGCUGUUGUCUUUACUGUACUGGAUUAUUGUGUAUGGCACGGCUGCUCUAACGGCCUGCCUGGUCCUUAUCCGUAUUGCAUGGAGAGGACUUAGGGAUCCACAUGGGACUUUUCGGUGGACUGUCCGCAAAAAGAUGCCCGUUUGUCUUCGGGAUCCCACUCUUGGCAAACACGGCUUUCUUUGGGGAAGGAGCUCUGGCCUCAGAUUCCACUAUGUAAUCAAGGGUGACAGCAAAAAUCCCCUGAUGCUCUUUCUUCAUGGAUUUCCAGAAAAUUGGUACUCGUGGCGUUACCAGCUAAGAGAGUUUAGCAAGCAGUACCACACAGUGGCGCUGGAUCUUCGUGGCUGUGGACUCUCUGAUGCUCCCAGUCGAUUGGAGGAUUACUCCCUGGAAAAGCUUUUGUAUGACAUAAGGGACGCAAUCGAUGAGUUAGGUCACACGAGUUGUGUGCUAGUGGGCCAUGAUUGGGGGGGUAUGCUCGCCUGGCACUUUACCUUGGACAGGCCAGACAUGGUGCAGCGCCUGGUCAUCAUGAACGCACCCCACCCCGCCUCUUGGCUAGAUGCGGUAUUAAGGAGGCCCUCUCAAGUCCUGCGGUCUGGCCAUGCUUGUUUUUUUCAGCUGCCCGUGCUGCCUGAGAUUGCACUUUCUCUAGAAGAUUUUAAGUUUGUGCGUAGUCUGCUUUGCGGUGGCCGUGUCGGAAUUCGAAACAAGGCGAGGAAACUUACCGAAUCUGAGCUGGAGGGCUAUCUGUACCGACUGUCCCAGCCAGGGGGACUCACCGGUCCCCUCAACUACUAUCGCUCCUUCCUUAAUAAUACUCUGUACAAGCACCAGGAUGUUGGGGUGACCUCCAUGGUAAUAUGGGGUGAAGCAGAUGCCAUGGUGGUGGAGGGAAUGUCUGGGGGGACGCGGCCCUAUGUCCGGGGUCCUGUUGUCAUUCAUACCAUCCCUGACUGUAGUCACUGGGUCCAACAGGAUCAACCUGAGACAGUCAACAAACUAAUGUGGGACUUUCUGCUCGACAGGGAUGUUUUGUCAAAUCUCCAUGUCGAGACAGGUUGA